AUGGAGGGGCUCUGCCUGCUCUUGGCGGCUCUCUCCGCCGUGGCACCCGGACAAGGGGUGGCGAGCCGGGAGGUGACAGCAUCGGCAGGAGCCCGGGCGCGUGAUGGCAUCCCACGCUUCAGCUUUCCCACCGCACCCACGGAGCCGACGGGACCUCCCAGCACCCCGGCAGGCAGCGCGGCUGGAAAUGCCUCGGUGGCACCAGGUCCUGGCGCGCUGCGGCUGGCCGGCGGCCGGAGCCGGUGCGAGGGCCGGGUAGAGAUGGAGCAGGCGGGCACUUGGGGCACGGUGUGCGACGACGCCUGGGACCUGGCCGAUGCCGACGUCGUGUGCCGGCAACUGCAGUGUGGCUGGGCCAUGCGUGUCCACGGCGGUGCCGCCUUUGGCCGGGGCAGCGGACCCAUCCUCCGGGAUGAGGUGGGCUGCGAGGGGCACGAGGAGCAUCUCUGGGACUGCCCGGCCGCGCCGGAGCAUGACUGCAGCCAUAAGGAAGACGCCGGCGUGGUCUGCUCAGGUGAGUCUGGCAUCUAUCAGGCAGGGUGCAGGCAGCGCAUCCCCAGCUCCGCUCUCUGCGCAGAGCACCAGGAGUGGCGGCUCUCCGGGGGCCGGGAUGGCUGCGCCGGCCGGGUCGAGGUCUUCUUCCGCGGUACGUGGAGCACGGUGUGCGACAGCACGUGGUACGAGGUGGAGGCGAGCGUGCUGUGCCGCACGCUGGGCUGCGGGGAGCCACUCCGGCAGCUCUCCUUCGGCCACACGCUGCCCGGCAGGAUGCUCUACCAGUGCGUGACCCAGCAGCCAUCGCUGGCCCACUGCCACUGGACCUUCAAUAAAUCAGCUCCCUGCCACCAGUCCCGGGCGGCUGGCGUGGUCUGCAACGGCUCCCAGGGCUUGCAGACGCCAACCCCAAUGGCCGUGGUGACACCGAGCAACAUCACGCUCCUGAGCGCUGAGGAGGGCUCCCUGGCUGUGGGGGCACAGUCCCCUCUGCACAUGCCCCUCUUCAUCCUCUGCCUGGCCCUGGCAGUACUGCUCCUGCUCACCAUGCUGGCCUUCACCGCCGCCCUGCUGAGGGUGAGGAAGAUGAGCGCCCACGCCGUGUCCUCCCUUGGGCUAGCCGGGCCGGUCCUGGUGACCCACAGCGCCCAGAGCCCCGAUGUGCCCUCCGGGACCUCCAACGACUACAGGGAGAUGCCCCCCAGCCUUCCCAAAGGACCAGACCCGCCGGUCACAGCCCUUCCCACUGCCAAGGACUCCGACUCCGACUCCGACUACGAACACUACGACUUCAGCAGCAAGCCGCCCGUGGCCCUCUCCACCUUCUACAACUCGCUGCGCCGGCAGCCCGGGGAGCAGCUAGUCCCGCUGAUGCCGAGCCGGAAUGGGAUGGAGCCGUUCCCUGCGGAGGCAAUGCCCCCUGUGCCUGCCCCAGUGCUCUCCCACCCCUGGGUACCUGUGUCUCCAGCAGACCCCGAUCCCGCCGACAGCUCCAGCACCUCCUCGGGAGAGUGGUACGAGAACGUGCAGGGCGUGGAGCCGCCCGGGGACCCGUCCCCACACCCCGGCUGGCCGGCUCCAUCUUGCCCCUCGGGGGGACACGCGCAGGACCCCGACUCCUCUGAGGGCAGCGACUACGAUGACAUCCAGGGUUCUGCCUACUGAGGCUGCCCGAUCACCCCAGACAGAGGGACAGGGCAGGGGGGACCUGGCACUGCGUGCGGCCAAGGACUCGU